GGAAGGGAGAGAGAGUGAAGUCCUUCCAUUUCCUCUUCGCAGGAACGCUGGACCGGAGGAUGCCUGGAAGGAGUUGUUUCGAGUACCUAUCAACCAUCAAUUGGAGGCCACAGUGAAGAUGCAAAACCCCACAGGCCACAAAUUACAAGAAGUAUCACAAGAGCAAGGAAAAUCCACUCGUGUCCUCCGGACUGGGACUACUGAUGAAUUCCUGCAAAGGACACCAGAAGAUCUGAUCCAUCAAAAAGCAGGGGAGAGUUCCCUUUCCCUUGAGCAGUGGGAAGCCCAGUGGCAGGAGUUCCUCAGCACAAUGGAAAACCCUCACUUUGGAUGUGGAGUCCCACAACUGCCAGAGAAACCUUCACCCUGGGGAAACGCCAGGGCCUUUCUGGCCUCCUUUGAGCAAGUGGCCGAAGCCUGUUGGUGGCCCAGAAACGAGUGGGUGAUCCGACUCUUGCCGGCCCUCAGCAAAGAAGCUGCAAAGGCCUUUAAUAAUCUCAGUGCCAAACACAAAGAGGAUUAUGGGAAGGUUAAGGCAGCCAUCUUGCGAGAGGAUGCCCUGAGCCAGGAGAAGCAGCGCCAACAAUUCAGGUGUUUCUGCUACCAGGUGGCAGAGGGGCCAAGAGGAGCCUACAGCCGACUGCAGAAAAUGUGCCGUGGGUGGUUGAGAGUGGAGAAUCACAGCAAGGAGCAGAUCCUGGAGCUCUUGAUCCUGGAGCAACUGCUGAGCAUCCUGCCCCCAGAGAUUCAGAGCUGGGUGAGAGAACAUGGCCCCGAGAGCUGCUCCCAGGCAGUAGCCCUGGCCGAGGAGUUCAUCUUGAGGCAGAAUAAACAGGUAGUGGCUGGGAGCAUCUCUGAGGCAGGUCAUGAUCACUCUGAGAGAGAGCAGAGGCAUCCCUCAAUGGACAUCAAGGAAGAAGAGGACAGAAAGGCCAGCCUGCUGGCAGGUAAUGUGGAGGAGAAAGUUGGGGAAUCACUUGGGUUAUCAUGGGAAAAAGUCAAGGAGGAGGAGCCUGGAGGAAACAUUAAGAAUCCAGAUGGACCAGAUCAGCAGGAAGGAAACCAUGAGGUUGAGAAUAUGGACCAAUCCAUUUCUUGCCAAGCAGAGUCCUUUGGGGAACUUUUAGUCCAACAAGACAAGCCAACCAAAAAGCAAAGGGACAAAUGCCACAGUGUUGGUGAGAGAAUCCACACUGGGGUAAAACAAAGUAAAAGUGUGGUUUCUGGAAACUGCUUGGUCGAGAGAACUGAGACAUCCAUUCUUUAUCAAGCAAGAGACUUCUCCAAAAUCCCUGGCCAGGAAGAGAUGCCAGCUCAGAUGAGGAACAACCAGGAUAGAAUCCACAAAGCAAAAAAACAAUAUGAAAAGACAGCUUUUGUUGGAAACAGCUCUAUCGAGACCAAAAACCAUACUUCUGAUCAUAGAAUUCAUACAGAGGAGAAUCAGAAUGAAUGCCCAGAGUGUGGGGUGACCUUCUCCAAUGCAGCCAACUUUAACAUACAUUUACAGAUGCACAGUGGAGAGAAGCCUUUUCAAUGCUUCAAGUGUGAAAAGAGCUUCAGACAGAAAUCAUAUCUUCGAGAUCAUCAGAGAAGUCAUAGAGGGGAGAGACCACACAGCUGCUCUGAGUGUGAGAAGAGCUUUUUCUUUAAAUCAAGACUUGUUCGGCAUCAAACAAUUCAUUUAGAGGACAAAGGGUUUAAAUACUCUGAGUGUGGGAAGAACUGGAGUCAGAAAACAAAACUUGCUUCACAUCAGAGGAUCCACAUGCUGGAGGAUCUAUAUAAAUGUUUAGAGUGUGGACUGAACUUUUCAGAUCAAAUCCAAUUUACUGAACAUCUCAGGAUGCACCAUGAAAAGAAACCCCACAGAUGUUCAGAGUGUGGGAAGAGCUUUCUAUACAGAGCCCAUCUCCUACGGCAUCAAAGGAUACACACAGGGGAGAAACCUUAUAACUGCUCAGAGUGUGGGAAGAGCUUCUCUACUAAAUCGUACCUUGUUAUACACCAAAGAAUUCAUUCUGGAGAGAAACCAUACAAGUGCUCAGAGUGUGCAAAGUUGUUCAGGACACGUGAUAAACUUAAUGUACAUCAUAGAAGUCACACAGGGGAGAAGCCCUAUAUGUGCUUUGAGUGUGGAAAAAAAUUCAGCCAGAAGAAACAUCUUCGAAGACAUCAGACAAUCCACACAAGAGAAUUUUUAUAAAUGCUCAGAACAUGGGAAGAGCUGAUCCCAUUCUGUGUAAUGUCUGAGAUGCCACAAAAGGGCAAAAACUUAUUUACUUGUUUACUGCAUUUUUACCCUGCCUUUCUGUCCAGUGGGACCCGAAGUGGCAUAUGUUAUUCUGUCCUGAGAUCUUGGAAAACCUGCAAGGAACAUAUCUCCAUGUUAAAGGACACUGAAAGGCACAAUGGAUCAAGUUCUGUGGAUCACAUUUUCAUUCUCAGGUUUCCUCCAAGGAAAGUACUAAUUCAAUUCAAGUCUGUCCAGAGUAAAGCAGUUCACACAAAGGAGUAUUUUUUUAGGAAUUAGUGCAAGACUAUGACUGGCAAGACCCAGCUUCAAAUGUUCAUGCUGCCAGUAAGCUUUGGACUGGCCUUUAGCCAGCUAUACUUUUCGGGCCUGACCUAUUUUGCAGGGUUAUUGUAAUGAUACUGAAGAGAACCAUGCAUCUCUCAGCCCAGCCUACUUUGCAGGGUUAUUGCUAGGGCAAGAGGAAGGAGGAGGAGAGAAUGCAGCUCUGAGGACUUUGGAAGAAAGACAAGGAAAACCAGACGGAUACUAAUUUAGAACAAAAUGCCUACAUAUAAAUGAGGGCAUGGGCAUAUAAUCACAUACACACAGCAGCAAGUAUUGCAUGUACUCAGCUGCUUCAGGUGUCAUAUCUUGUUUGUAAAAGGGAGAAAAACGUUUUAAUAUUGAAUGAAUUGGGACAAGCUGCAGUGUCCACACCUAAAGUGGCCCUGCAUAAUAGGAGUAGCCAGAUUCUCCUUACACAAGUCUGAACUCACCAGCAUCUGCUUUAGGUUUGUAGUUUUUCUGUAACCUAUUUUAAGAGAUUCAUAACAACCCGGGAUUCCAUUCAAUAACUGCCAAUGCUUAUAUAUCACAUUUCUAGUGGCAUUUAUACCAGGAGUGUAAUCAAAGGCUACUGUUAGUCUUUCAGUUCUCUGCUGUCUUGAUUUGAUCAGUUCUUUCAACAGAGUUCCUUUUUAUUCUCAACAGUUGGGAAUAGGAGAAUACCUGGAAGGGCAAAGAUCUAUGGGGACAGGAAGGGGGAGAAGGUCCCUAGGCUGGGACAGGAAGGGGGAGAAGGUCCCUAGGCUGGGCAGCCCUGUGAGGGAAUCUCUCUGGGUCCCAUGUUCCACCAUCCAUAGCCUCUGUCCAGCAACACUGUGUAUAGUCAGACCAUCCUUGGUUCCCUCUGUUAGAAAGAACCAGAGGGAUGGACACCCAGCCAAAUCUUUUGCGGCUGUGCUUUGUUCUUUGUCUGCUCCAAAACUGAUCUCCCAAAGACUCAAGAAAUCUGUCCUUAGCUUUGACAUACUCUAUAAAGAGUUCCUUCUGGCCUCUCCUGCUUGCCUUUGCCUUGUACAAUUCCAGGUUGCAAUUUUUAAUUUAAAUUCAAAAUUAAAAUAACUUUGCAUUAA